AUGUUCAACAGAGUCUUCUUCCGCUCCUUGGCCUCUAGUGCUAAGGCUGUCAAGCCUCCAAUUCAAUUAUUUGGUUUAGAUGGUACAUAUGCCACGGCAUUGUUCACCGCUGCCGCGAAAUCUUCUUCGGUCGAGGCUGCAUCCAAGUCGCUAAGCCAAUUGUCCCAAACCAUUACUAAGGACUCCAAAUUGACUUCAAUUUUGAGCAACCCCGCAUUGUCCGCUGAUGACAGAAAAAUCGUUGUUGAGACUUUGACCAGGUCUCAAUCCGACCUCGACUCCUCGGUGGCUAACUUGCUAAAGGUUCUUGGUGAGAACAACAGACUGGAUCUUUUGACUGAUGUCACUAAGCAAUUUUCCAAGUUGACCGACGCCUACAACGGUUUGAUCCAAGCUACUGUAACCACUGCCCAGCCGCUAGAUCCUAAAUUGUUCAAGAGAGUCGAAAAAUCGCUAGCUCAAUCCAAAUUGGUGGGUCAAGGCAAGACCUUGAAGUUGGAGAACGUUGUUGAGCCAGAUAUCAAAGGCGGCUUGAUUGUCGAGAUUGCCGAUAGAACUGUUGACUUAUCCAUUGCUUCUAAGAUUCAAAAACUAAACCAAUUGUUGAAGGAAGCUAUUUAA